GUGUGUGACAUUGUUCAUCACCAUGCAGAAAAACAUUUUGGUGUCUUCAUCAAGUACGUCAUCAACCAGAGGUACCAGGAAAAAAACUACAGACGUAUUUUAGAAGAAAAUCAAACAUUUCGGGAGACCAUGGCUGCUCUGGAAAGACAUCCACGUGUCAAAGGCCUGUCCUUCAACUCUUUCCUCAUCCUUCCUUUCCAAAGGAUCACAAAGCUGAAGCUGCUUGUACAGAACAUCCUGAAAAAAACAGAGAAGACUUCAAAUUCAGAGCGGGAGGCGAAUGCCAUAAAAGCCUACAAACAGCUGGAGCAGAUUGUUAAAGAGUGUAAUGACGGGGUCCGAAAAAUGAACCGAACAGAAGAGCUGAUCAGCAUCGAGAAAACUCUGGAGUUUAAAUCGAAGUCCGUGCCCAUCAUUUCACACUCUCGCUGGUUGGUAAAAAAGGGUGAAGUUCAGCUCAUGACUGGACCGAAGAGUAACCGGACCGCACGCAAAUCUAAGCUCCACCAACCGGCCUUUUUGUACCUUUUUAACAAUCUGCUCCUGAUAACCAAGCCCAGUGGGGAGAAGUUUCAGGUCCUGGACUCAGCUGCCCGAGCCAUGCUGAGGACUGAGGAUCAUGAGGAUCAGAGUAAACUACUGGCCAACGUUUUUACUCUGAAGAUGCUGGAGAACCAGGACAAGAGUUCAGCCCUGUACAUGAUCCAGACCUCCAGUGUGAGUGAGAAGCUGCGAUGGAUGCAUGCUCUGACUCCGAACAGGCGGACACGCUUCAUGCCCUCUGGAGCCCAUCAAGAAGACUUCCCUCAGGUGCAGUGCAUCAUGUCCUACUCUGCUCAGGAACCAGACGAGACAGCAGCAGAGAUCGGAGACGUCUUCAACCUCCUGGAGCAAACCAACGACGGCUGGAUGAUGGGGGAAAGACUUCACGAUAAGGAACGAGGCUGGUUUCCCAGUCGAGUGGUAGAAGAAAUCAGGAGCAAGGAGGCCCGUGUUCAGAACCUGAGAGAGGCCUUUAGGGUCCAACAGACCCAUAAAGGUGAAGGUGGACCACAGCCUGAACCCAGGGCUGCUUUAAGAUUAGGGAGACUCGCUCCGAAGAGCUCCAGCAACUUCAGCAGUUUUUGGACUAAGCACUAACGAGACAACAGACAGCAGGAACCAGCACUGAAACAAAACCCAGAGCUGCUCCAGUCUCUUAGUCACGUUGCACCAAAUGUAGAGUAGAUGUUUUUUUAUUCUGCUGUCUUUUUCCUCAGCUUUAAAGAAACUAAUGUUUGUAAUCAAAACACUUCAGCUGUGGAUUCAUCAAAUUUCUGUUUACUGUAAAAUAUCUGACUAUGAAUGUUAAAAACCAGCAAAGCUGCACUGAACCGUCAGCAUCUGAGCUUCAAAGACAUUAAAGUUGAUCUGAGGCACAAAGAUGAAGAAAAGUUUAAUAAACAGGUUUAUUUCUCACCUCCAAAUGUCUGUAAUGAAUAAAGUUUGACUAAAAACUUGGAUUCUGAAACCAGAUAAAUGUCCUGCUGUUUCCAACAGA